CCUGCCUGACGCAGCCGAAGUCACACGCGCGAGGCCCCUCCGCGGCCACCGAGAUGCGCUACGUUGCCUCCUACCUGCUGGCCGCCCUCGGGGGCAAUGCCUCCCCCAGCGCCAAGGACAUCAAGAAGAUCCUGGACAGUGUGGGCAUCGAGGCGGACGAUGACCGGCUCAACAAGGUGAUCAGCGAGCUGAACGGGAAGAACAUCGAAGAUGUCAUCGCCCAGGGUAUUGGCAAGCUGGCCAGCGUUCCCGCUGGAGGGGCUGUGGCCGUUGCAAACUCAAGAGAGAGGUGA